AUGUGUUCUUUCACUUCUCACUCACUUAAACACGAAGAAGGAAAACAAGCGCUAAACGCUACUGUGAAAUUCGAAGGCUCUGAAAGGACCAACAACAGCACAAACACCGCCCACACACAUAUUUACAUGCUCUCACGUGUUGCUGCAGUGAACGCACCCCGCACACACAACCGUCGCCGCGUGACCGGAUCCAGCGGAAGGAGGAGGGAAGGAAGAGAGGGUGAGCUGCAGAGGCCCAACAUGUCGCGGCGUGUGUUUACCUCCGCGAUGCUGCUGCUUGUACUUGUUUUGUUGAUGAUUUGCUGCGACUGUGGAGCUGCGGCCGCUGAGGGAAGUGAUCCAAGAAAUACCAUUGAUCCGUUUAAGGGGACGACGUCGAUAUCAUUUGCUAAUUGGAGGGAGUUUGACGAAGCCAGCAGGGAAAUCACCUCGCUCCGUGUUCCUGGACUUGUUAAAGUGGGUGAUGAUGUAUUUGCCGUUGCUGAGGCACAGUGCAGGGAAAAGGACGGAACCGGCAGCUGUGCUGGGAUUGUGUCAAAGCACCUGGACGUAAGUGGCAGCGCAAUGGAUAUUUCGACGUCGGAUAUUAGUUGUUUUUGCACACAAAUUGUGGACACCAUCGAGAAUAAUUUUGGGACAACAGAAGUGUUGCGGCCAACGACAGUUGUAAUUGGAGACGGUGUCUACAUGCUGGUUGGGAAAUACAGGCGUACAACGUCGCAGGAUAAAGGUGCGAAGGACUGGAGCCUUUUGCUGGUGAGGGGAACCGUCACGGUGGAGGGCGGGAACAAGAAGAUCCAGUGGAAUGAGACCCAUUUGGUGAAGCCUGAACCCAAAGGAGAAUCUCAUUCCUUGACCAAGUUAAUUGGUGGCGGAGGAUCCGGUGUUGUGGCGCACGACGGGGCGCUUGUGUUUCCCAUGCAGGCCAUGAAAGCGGAUGGUAAUAGCGUUUUACUGUCCAUGCGUCUUAUCCCGUCAGAGGAGAAAUGGGAGCUUUCAUCCUAUGUGACUGGUAAGGGCUGCAGGAAUCCAUCCUUAUUGGAGUGGGAAAGAGACGAGCUCCUCAUGAUGGCUUCUUGUGCUGGAGGCUACUAUAACGUGUACAGUACCAUUGGGAAUGGGGUGGAUUGGUAUUCAUAUGGUGAGCCAAUUAACCGCGUGUGGGGCAACUCACGUGAUCGAACAGGGUACGGCGUCCAGAGUGGAUUCACCACCGCAACCAUUGAGGGGAAGGAGGUGAUGCUCGUGACCCUGCCAGUGUAUUCAAAGGAGAAAGGAGAAAGCGGGAAAGAAGAGGGUCGGCUCCAUCUUUGGGUGACGGACAAUGCACGUGUGUAUGAUGUUGGGCCGAUAUCUCGUGAGGGUGAUGACGCUGCCGCCAGUUCUCUGCUGGUGAAAAGUGAGGGUGAACUGAUUUUACUGUACGAGAAGAGGAAUGGUGACGUGCCAUACAGUCUUGUCGCCAUGCGCCUGAAUGAGCAGCUGGAGUGGAUAAAGUCUGCGGUGAAGACAUGGAAAGAAUUGGACAACGCCUUGGGAGUUACCACUGAAGGGCUGGUUGGCUUUUUGUCCAGCACAUUGGACGGGACUGCAUGGAAGGACGAGUACCUCGGUGUGAAUGCCACAGUGACGGGCGGAGUGACCAGCACGGAGAGCGGUGUGACGCUCAAGGGAGCAGAGGCGCAGUGGCCUGUUGGCGACAUGGGGCAGACUGUGCCGUACUACUUUACAAACAACGACUUCACUCUUUCGGCAACGGUGACCAUCCACGAGGUGCCGGAGGCAGGCAGCAGCCCCAUUAGUUUGAUUGGUGCGAGGCUGAACGACACGGCCAGCACGGUGCUCUUUCAGCUGUCGUACACGAGUGAAGGAAAUUGGAAUCUCACACUUCACAAGAUGGAUUUGUUGGUGAAGCCGUCUGGUGAUGUUGGUGAGUGGAAACCAAACACGGCAAUUCGAGUGACGGUGCAAAAGGAUAGCGCUGAUGACUGGUUUGUGUACGUUGAUGGAAUCAAAAUAUACGAGACAGAUUACGAGGAACUGGAAGAGGAGGAACUGGAUAAGCUUCGUAGUGAACAUUUUGGCCCACACAGGAUCUCACACUUCUUCUUUGGUGCGAGCAGCAAAGAACUUAAAGAGAGUAGCCAUUUGACGGUGGCUGAUGUCCUUCUGUACAACCGCGCACUGUUUGACGAUGAACUCAGAAACCUCAACGCCGGGACAGUUCCUAUUCGACAUCCGGCUGCCGAAGAACUGGACACUGCAGUGAAAGUCACAGCGACGGAGGAAGAAAAGCAGGAGGUCAGACAGCUGGACGUUGCACAGCUGGGAGCUGCAACGCGGGAGGCCACAACGCAGGAAGACACACAGCCGGCUGCUACACUGCAGACGGCCACACAGCUGACGACUUCCCUGGCGGACGUUGAAGAGUCUCCAAUUGCUCAGCCGGCAGACUCUCAGUCUGUCCGUGUUCUUGCGGGCAGUGAAUCGAGGGCUGAGAAUGCUACGGACGGAUUGAGUCCACGCACUGCCGCCAAAAAUGACACUUCCGUUCCAGAAACCACUCACUCAGAAUCCGGUGGCAGUAUGGGUCCAGAGGACCGCCUCGCCCUGACCACUGACGCGAAAUUGAUACUGCAUGAGCUAACUGUUGACAGCACUGCGCGCUUGUGCGUGUCUCGUUUGUUGCUGCUUCUUGUGGGACUGUGUGCAUUUGUGGCAUUCUUCUGA